GCCAGCCUGGAAUGUGAUUCUGGAUUUAAAAGAUGUUGUUGAGCUAGCCGUUGCACCUGUUCACUGUGAUGAAUCUGUGGCAUUCCUCGAGUGUAAAAUCUCAGAGCACAGACAGCGAUACCAGACACUUUUUCCAAGUCAGAGACUGCUGCCAAAGCAUCACUUUCUGGAGCACUACCCAGAAAUGAUAAGAUUGUUUGGCCCCCUUGUGAUGUUUUGGACAAUGCGUUUUGAGGCCAAACACAGUUUUUUCAAACAAGUUGUUCGGCACACAAAGUGUUUCAAGAACAUCACACUAUCGUUGGCGAAUAAGCACCAGCUGAUGAUUGGCUAUCACAUGUAUUCAGGGUGUUAUGAGAGAUCUGCCUUUGAUGUGACCCACGUCUCCUCAAUUCCUGUAGAUAUCAUGAAAGAGGAUGUAGCACUUCAUCUACGUCUUAAGUUCCCUGAUCUCAAAACAGUUACUGUAGCACAUAAUGUCUCUGCUAAUGGCUUACAGUAUAGAACUGGAAUGAUCAUUGUGAAUGGAUCAGUGGGUGGAUUACCCGAAUUUGCAGAGAUACUUCAAAUGUGUAUAUUGGAAAACACAUUAAUCUUCAUUUGCAAGAAAUUAGCAUCAUGGUACAGAGAGCAUUACAGAGCAUUUGAGAUACAGGCAUCCUCAGCAGCAGAGAUUGUGUUGGCUGAAUUGAGUGAGCUGAUUGAUGACUAUCCUCUGGUGGACUACAAGUGUGGAACCCAUCGAAUGGUCACACUUAAAAGAUACAUACAUGUUUCUGAGUAACGUCUUCACCAGUAUGGCUACACCUGCAGUGCUUUGCGUCAUUUUGGGAGAAAAUGACUCAUCCAAAAUAUCCCUGCCUUCAGGGAUACCAGCUUCUGUUGAGGAACUAAAAAGCGAGAUAAAGAGACAAUGUGAAGUGCAGGAAGACUUCAGACUACAAUACAAGGACAAGGAUUUUGAUGAGUUCAUAAAUCUGAAGUCCACCUCUGAGAUUCAAAGCAAAGCUACCGUCAAAGUGAUUUACCUCCCAAGUGUUUUGCCAACAAGUAGCCUUUGCCUGUCUUCAGAGACUACUUCUCUUUCAUCCGUGGACACGGACAUCCUCUCAUCUGACUCUUCAUCGUCAUCCCUGAGAUGUGAGCCAUGGCCAAACAACUUUCCUGUGCCUGAAUUCACCUACGAUGUUGAGCUCCAACUCGAGUGUGGGAAUGCUGACUUUCAAAAUAAUGGUACCCUGCUCAGUCCAAGUCCAAAACUGAAAUCAGAUAUUCUCGAAGGUUUGGCAUCCCAGAUCAUCAAAUUUAAAGCUUAUCCAUCCAGUGCUGAAUUUGAUGAUGUAGCUGAAGCUCUCGUGAAGAAACACCCAUGUUUAAAGGAGCAAGGUUGUGUUUCCGGCUUUUAUGGGUGGAAGAUAAGCUUAAAAUAUAAAAUGGCAAACUACCGCACAAAGCUGCGCAACAUUGGAUGCUCUGAGUUGACCGUGAAUUCCCUCAAGCGGAAACAGGGUGAUUCACGCACCUCUCCGAAUCAAGUGAAAAAAGCGAGAAGAGCAGAAGUGAACUACUGUCCUGAUUAUCCAUCAGGACAAUCCCAGGACAGCCUUGAGGAGGAGAGGCUGGCAUUAUUGUCUGAAAUGAAGAAGAGCAACAACCAUCAGGUGGUUAAGGCAAAAAUGGAAAUGACAUUUGCUUAUCGGAGACAUGAGGUGAUUGAAGACAGGCCUUUCAUUGCCGAGUUCAAAAGGAGAUGGCCAGCUCUCUUCUCUGAGCAGGAGGUGGAAGCAGAGUUUUCUAGGAUCACCACGGUGCCACUGCGAUCCAAAUUUAUGCAACAGCUCGAUCAUCACACUGCACGACUGCUAACAAUCUUCAGGAAGAAAGGCGGAGCAGCAGGAUUAAAGAUAAGGAAGAUCAUGAAAGACUUGGACAAGACAGAUGCUAUUGAAGCAAGAAGAGCCUGUGUGCUCAAAGCACUCAUGGUCUACGUCAAUGAAGACCCUGGCCACCUUAUUCAAGAGUACAUGGAUGUUGAAGACAACCAGAAGUCUAUGGACGAGACAGUCCUGGGAAUUUAUGCCAUCACCGUUGAAGGUGCAGAGCCCACAGAUUGCCUGGCAGAUGUUGGAAUUAUCAUCGAAGGAGUGAAUGUGCUCGAUGAACUCGGUAACAUUGCAAAUGCUGUCGCCAUUUUGCUUGGCCUCAUGUACUCACUUGACUUGAGCUAUCCAACAAAUCUCAAGUAUACAUUUGAAGUUCUGCAGAAGCUUGUCAUGGAGCUUGAUGCCAACAAACUGUCAACGAAGGUGCAAGUGUUAAAGAACAAACUCUUUGAAGGAACACCUUAGGCAGGUGUUGUGCUGCAUUUGGAUCUGCAUGUUCUACUGUGAGGAAUGGACUCAGUGUUGCAGACUGGAUGCCGAACUGUUUGAUGGACUUUCACAAAAAGAGCAGAACAUAACCUCAACAAAGACAAAUUAGAAGUUACAGAAGCGAUCAACAUUGAUGAGUAACAAUGAGAAAUGGAGAGUGACAACAUCAACAUUUGGUCACAGCGCCAUAAAAGAAAUUCCAAGUUCGCCGUCAAAAGAUUUGGCAAUGUUUGUGGAAAAUGGCUUCUCCCGAGAGACUUGUGGACUGUGGAGUUUUUUUUUUUUUAUUUAUCUUUUUUUGUUCUUAUUUGAUUUGUAGAUCUUUUGGUUUCAUUCGCUGCUGAAGUUAGGCAGUCAUUGGAUGCCUAACUGUUAAACAGUCUUUCACAGAAGGAGCAAAACAUAACCUCAGAGGACGAUUACAAAUUGCAGAGGAGAACAACAAUGAGAAAUGGACAGUGAUGGGUGAAUAUUGAUCGUGGUAGCACUGAGGAGAAACAUAGCCUCAACAUUUGGUCGUGGUGCCAUUUUAAAAAAAUGCAAGUUGUCUGUCAUAAGAUUUUGGAAAUGUUUGUGGAAAAUGCAUUUUCCUCAAUGACUGUUGUGGACUAGUUUGUUUUUUAGUCCAAAUGUGAAUGCCUUCCUACAGUACUGAAGUGGAAUGAAGCAAAAUAUUAUUCUGAGUGUUUUUACUUGACACAAAUGUGUGUUCACAAUUCCUAAGGUCUCACUGUUCAAUGUUAUAAGCAAUUCAGAUUCAGAUGCUUUUAAACAAGUAAUAUGUUUUUGUUGUUUUCAUUGAGCAGUUUCAUACAGUGCUGAAGUGGCAUCAAGCAAAAUGUUAUUGAGGUUUUGGCUGGACACAAAUGUGUGUUCACAAUAAGGUCUCACUGUUCAGUAUUGUGAGCAAUUCAGAUGCAUUUGUUUGCAGUGGACAGUUUCUAACGUCUGCAUUAAAAAUUCUCUUAAAGGGGUAAUGACAUGUUGAAAAAAAUAUCUGUGAUUUUAAAUAUUGGAUUUCUAAGUUUCUA